AUGUUAAUGACUACUUCCAUUAUGGAAGCGGUUAUCACCAUGCGAGAGGCGCUGGGAGUUGUGAGUGAAAAGCUGCGCUGGCUAUACUCACCCUACUUGGUCUUCUUGGGCCCUGUUCUGCACUCUGUCCUAAAAUUCGUCCAGGAAUGUCCUAGUGGUCUCAUCACCCUUCACGAAUUUAGAAAGUAUUUCUGUGAUUGUACAGUGGGAAAUGAAUCCUCAGAAUAUGCGGAACAGAUAUUCCGAACUCUGGACAACAAUGGGGAUGGAAUAGUGGACUUCCGGGAAUAUGUCACAGCAAUCAGUAUGCUUGCUCAUGGAACUCCUGAGGACAAACUCAAGUGGUCCUUCAAGUUAUAUGACAAGGACAAAGAUGGGGCCAUCACUCGAUCUGAGAUGUUAGAUAUCAUGAAGGCAGUGUAUAAAAUGAGCGUUGCUGCUUCAAUAACAAAUGCCAAUCCACUAACGGCAGAGGAGUGCACAAAUCGUAUCUUUAUUCGCCUGGACAGAGACCAAAAUGCUGUCAUCAGUCUUCAGGAGUUUGUGGACGGCUCUCUGGACGAUGACUGGAUUCGAGAGAUGCUGGAAUGUGACCUUGGCACCUUGAAAAUACAAAAAUCACCAAAGAGUAAUCAGAUGAACUCCAUGUCCUCUAGAGAAAACAUGUUCGGCACCAAUCACUAGCACAACAUUACGACACAUUCUGUUUUCAGAAAUGCCUCUUUUUAUGCAAAUUUGCAUAAUCUGCACCUUUUUGUGGUUCGGUUUGCAGGACAGUUCUAUGAAGAAUGGAAAGAUGCAUUUGCCCCUCCACAAAUUUAUUGGUAAAGUCUUUUUAUAUGUAUUAUAUACAUGUUUACCUGUAAAAGAAAAAAAUACAGCACCUCCUAUCUCCCACAUGAAAAACUUAUUGUAAAAUAAAACAUUUUUAAAUCAUAGUAAAGAAUUAUUUCAUCCUAUCAAUGCAUACACAUACUUGACAACUUUUCAUAUGAGGAUACUGGGAAGUAGUGGUGUGCAGCACACACACCAAAUUUGUACUGACAAUAUACGCCUGCUUUUUAUAUGCCAUGCCCAUUUUAAUACAGGUUACACUCAAUUUACACCUCCUCAUUGUGUGUGGUCUGUGUGUGAUGAAGCAGUAUCCCGGCAUCGCACAUAGGGAUGAUCUCCGGGAGGUGCCAGGAGGCAUCUGCAGCACCCAACAGAUUUGCCAACUCU